AUGUCCGUGAGCAUGGAGAAAGGAUGCAUGCUCUGUCACCGGGCAGAGGAUGACCCAGUUAGGUGUGCAAACAGGGUGGAGCAUAGAGGCAUCGUGGUCCAUGGCUUUUGCCUGCUUUUUGCCAAUGACCUCUAUAAGAAGGGGGUAAAGGUAUCUAAAUGGACAGGAUUUCGCACCACAGAUAUUCACCGGACAAUUGAGCAAGCAGCACAGAAGCACUGCUUCAUCUGUGGCAAGAGCGGGGCCUCCAUCACCUGCCAGGAGUUGGGCUGCAACCGCAGCUUCCACCUGCCCUGUUCCGUGGAGGGUGAGUGCAUCACCCAGUUCUUCCACCCAUACAGGGCCUUCUGCUGGGAGCACCGCCCGCAGCAGGCAGUGCAGGCAGACCCAGGGGACACCAGCAGCUGCCUCAUCUGCCUCGAUCUUGUGAGGGACAGACAGUCCUACAGAACCCUGGUGUGCCCAGUGUGCAAACAUGCCUGGUUCCACAGGGACUGUAUCCAGGGACAGGCUAUGAGUGAUGGUUUUAUGCGUUUCCAGUGCCCGCUCUGCAGAGAUAAAGUUCUAUUUCGCCAGGAAAUGCACACCAUGGGGAUCCGAAUCCCCAGGAGCCUCCAGCGUCACCUCAGGGCUCAGGGGCCACAGCUCCCGCAGCCCAGUGGCACCAGGGGCCUCCUGCAGCUCUCCUGCCCAGGAGGGCAACAGCCACUCCAGCCCCCUGGGGCCCCUGAGGCUGCGGGAACGCAGCCGCUUGCAGCAUCAGGCCCCAAAUCCAUACGGCCAGCCCAGAGGACGCAGGACCUGAUGUGUGCCACCACCACCAAGUGCUGGCCCUGA